AUGAAACCCCCAUUCCUGGAUCCCGCCGCCGCCGCGGCGCCGGUACCCGGUGGCGGAGCUCUCGGGCGGGUCCGCGUCGCCUGCGGCGCGACGCGGGUGCCACGGCACGUCGUGGGCGCCGGCCCCGCUCGGCCCGGCCCGGGCCGCCCGCGGCUGCUCGUCGCCGCGUUCCCGGAGCCGCUCGACCACCUCCUGCCCGCGCAGGAGGGCGCCGCAGCACCAGCGCCGGAGGCUGAUGAGGUCCAGAGCGGCGUGGCUUCUGCCGAAAUCGAGCUGCCCCCUCCCGGUGAAACAGUGCGCGUCAGAUUCGUGCUGAGAGAGCAGUGCACCUUCGGCCACAGCUUCUACCUGGUCGGCGACGACCCGGCGCUCGGCCUCUGGCACCCGGCGAGCGCGGUCGCCUUAGAGUGGUCAGAGGGCCACGACUGGACAGUCCAGAAAGAUCUGCCCGCGAACAGGUUGAUUCAGUUCAAGUUCUUGCUGCGAGAUUCCUCAGGGGAGUUCCAGUGGCAGAAUGGGCCUAACAGAAGCCUGCAAACAGGCGAAACCACCAACACAGUGGUGGUCUAUGAAGAUUGGGGCGACGAGAAGAAUCAGAAAGUCACACAGGAGGGAGACGUGCCGGUUGAAAUGGCAGCGGUAAUUGCUACAGACGAUGACGAUAAAAGCAUAAACGAUGUUGUUGCGGCAAAUGAGCUGCAACUGGAUGGCAGUCAAGAUAUCAAAGAAGAUGAAUCAAGUGUAGGCGAUGAUGAGAGUUCAGCGGUUGCUACUAUCGCUUCUGCCGGAGGGGAAUCGGUGAAGGCGUGUGAAGCUGACCAACCAGAGUUGGUGAUGGAUGAACAGAACAUUCAAGAUGACCUUCCUGAUGAAGUAGACAGAGCACCGCAGAAUGACAGCGCCGCGACUUAUGCUGAUGAUGAUUACGGUGAAAGUACCAACGAUGACAGUAUCUUGUCCAAGGAUGGUGUUCUGGUCAAGAAUGAGUGGACCAGAGCUUUUGAACGUGAGUUGCUUUGGGGUUGGAAGUCCCUGCAGCAGCUUCUAGGCUUCAAAAUGGACACAACAUGAAAGAUGCAUCUGGUACUGCUUGCCAUAUAUGUAUGCAUGGACUCGUCGCAGUCUAGAUGGCGUCCUGCUCCUUUGAAGGAUGUAGAAAACGUUAGCAGGUAGCAGCUGCUGGGUAUUGUUGCGGCACUCCGUUGUGUGUAAAUAGUUUCUUCUGGAGAGAUGCUAGUGUUUGGUAAAGAACAGGAACCAGUUAUCAAUAAGCUAUCAUCAGUUUGUUGU